AUGAGCACAUCAACUCCCAAAAUACCACUGAGUAAUGCGAACCGAAAGAUUCAUCCGCUCGAGAUAUGCCCAUCAAGUUCUUUCGACGAACCGGGACUAUAUGAACGCCAACAAAUGACGCUGAGUGUGGACGAUGUGAUGAGAAGAUUAUCGCAAAGAGAGGAGGAUAUCGCAGAUAUAGUAGAUCCACGCAAUAAAUCCAGUCCAAACGACCACUCAAUGAACAACAAAUCGUUGCAAAUGCCAUCGCUGAGACUCUUACUCACCGGAAUUGCGGUUGUUUUGGGGGCUGGAUUUCAUUUCGGAUUUCAAAUAUCUAUCAUCAAUCCCCUCGCUGAAACAUUGCAAACGUUUUUGGUGCAGUCAUUGGAGCGACGAUAUGCUGUACAGUUCACAGAUAUCGCUUCCACAGUACUAUGGUCAUCUGUUGCUGGAACCCUUUUUAUUGGUGCUGUUAUUGGGGCAGCAAUCGCACCGUCAACUAUGGCAAAAAUUGGAUCGAGAUGGUCAUUUGUUCUAACUUCAUCUGUAAUGCUGGUAGCUCUAGCGAUCGGAGCUUUGAGUAAACCCAUUGAAAGUGCUGAACUUUUCAUAGUUUCACGCUUCACCGUUGGUAUUUGUGUUGGUAUGGCUACAACUCUACAAGGUGUUUUCUUGACCGAAAUUAGUCCAGUGUACUGUCGAGGCUUUAUGGGUACCUUGGCCGGGCUAUCAAUAAACAUCGGAUUUCUACUCGCAUCAGCGUUCGGUCUACCGCAACUAUUCGGCACGCCAAGUGGAUGGCCUUUAUGCUUCUUUGCUGAGAUGAUACCGUCCGCUGUACUCCUUGUGGUGUCUUUGUUCGCGUUAUUCGAAAGUCCAUUGGAAUAUUUACGGCGUGGUGACGAUCUUAAAGCGAGGAAAGCAAUCGAUGCUUAUUAUAGAAGAGCGCAACAACAUCCCGAUCUGCUGAAAGAACUUCGCAUAGAACUCUCAUUGAAUUCGAAUGUAAAUCAGUGGAAGUCUAUCUUCACCGAUAGAGCGACUCGGUGUGCACUCUACCUUUCGGUUCUUCUGAACGUAACCGUCAGCUUCAGUGGUAUAAUGGCCAUAUCGUUUUUCGGUACUCUGAUGCUCAGUGCGAUCGGUUUUAGUACGCGUGGAGCUGCGCUAGCAAAUUGCCUGUCAACAUUAUCCGGUACUGCCGGAUGUAUUGUCGGCUCAUUGUCGAUUGAUAAGAUUGGACGGCGUUUCUUGAUCUUAGUGAGUUUAUCGAGUUUGUUGGCGAUUAACGUGGGAAUGAUGGGCUUAGUUUGGACGUUUGUUCAUUACCGUAUGCAAUGGCUUGGCUAUGCCUUCCUUGUACUAUUCAACAUCUUUUUGUUCGUUUUCAGUGUUGGCGUGGGUCCGAUGGCUUGGUUCAUCAGUACGGAAUUGACGGAUUCACAGAAUCGCCCUCGUGUGCAAUCACUAUCCACAUCCUCCCAAUACAUAACAUGUUUCAUCUGUCCAAUUCUCUAUUCACCUCUACAAAAACUCGUCGGACCAUUCAGUUUUAUGUUAUUCAUAAUUCCGCUAACAUUCUCCACAUUAUACAUUUACUGUUUCAUGCCGGAGACCCAACAACGUACUAUCAGUCAAAUUCGUGCACUAUUAAGCGAGGGCAUAAGAGAUUUUAACCAUGAAACUCAAGAAAAAAGUUUAGCAAAUGACUGCGCACGAUAA